ACUUUCUGCACCUACCCGCCGAGCAAGUAUUUUGAUUGGUGUGGCUAUCUCCGGGCGGUUAUUGUUAGGAAGUAGCCUGUAGAUUAGAUUUUACUCACACAUUCAACUCAAUACCGCCGUAGGAAUGUGAUGGAUUAGAAAAAUAUGUGCCUUGGUUGUCAACAUGUUUCCCGGCGUUUUCUAUGCGCUCCUGGCGGGGUUUCUCGGGGCUGUCGCAUCUUCAUCUGCAAAGCUGUCACUUGGAGCCGAUUACCUUAAAGGUGUAUGUGAAACGGGGCUACGAACAUGGGGAGAGCAGCGGAAAUUUAGACAACCGGAUGAAACUACCGCGUGUGACUGGUUACACAUCCCCCUGAGGCUGCUUUGUGGGGGGCUGCUCUUCACUUGUAAUGCUGUGAUGUGGACAUUCCUCGCUAAGGCUCUCAGGUACUCUUCCUCCUCCACCCGAACCACUGUGACCACCACCGCUUCCAACUUCAUAUCUUCCGCCUUUUUGGGGCAGCUUAUCUUCGGGGAGGCCCAGAUUGCAUUGUGGUGGGUGGGAAUAUCCCUCACGUUCUCUGGCCUCCUGGUACUUCAGAGGGCAGCCCCCAACGACCGAGCCAGGAAGGACGAAUGACAACCUGUCGGAAGGCACAACUAAUUAACUGAUAUAGAAAGAAACCAGUAAUGCAACGUAUAGCCUACUAUCUGUGACAAACAAUAGCAUUUCUUGGGUGAAAGGCAACUUUGGAAGGUAAAGCACUGUAAAAACAUACCAUGUAAGGAAUAUACAGCGAUUUUUUUUUAAACACUUUGACAUCAUCAGCAAUGUGUGCAUGACAUCAAUACUUGAGAACACAAAAGUUGUUUUGCUCACAUAUCCUAAGAUGACACUCACUGUACACUUCCACACCAACAUUGCAUUAUUGCAUGUUCAAGGUGAUGUGUGAAUGAAUCAUGUAUAUAGCCUCAUAUCUUGAGGACUUGACCCUUAAGAGUUUUGACAUGUUUUGUGAAUUCUGAGGAGGUUUGGCCUUGCCUGCCUUUAUAGCAAAUGUCUAAUAGAAAGUUCCUCACAAGGUCUAAACCCAAUUAAGUCAAACCAAAGUACCCAAAUAUGUUGAUCCUGCCUUUUACCCACUAACCACAGCAGUGGCUCUGUCAAUGCAUUGUGAAGUCAAACUGCUAAGUGGCCCAAAAAAAAUCGUAGUGACCUCAACUGCCUGUAAAGUGAUAGUGUCUAGUUCACUCAAAAAUCAAAGUUUGUCAGACAUAUUCAAACCUCAAAAGUGGCCAAUGAAUGGAAAGGAUAGGCAAAGUCUAAUUGAAUCUUCUUUAGAGGGUGCCUGUCUUUCCAAUUCAUUUGGAGUUGAGGCACAGAGCUGGAUCUACACAGAAGACAGUCUGGACCUCUUGACAUUAGCCCACAUCUGACCUCAACUACAAUUUUGGAGUGAACUAUCCCUUAUUCCCUUUGGCAGAAGAGACUCAUUUAAUUCUGACCUAAUGGGGUGUCUAAACAACAGUUACUCCGAUGUCUGGCCUUUUAAUUGUGUGUCACCAGCUGUUUGUCUUCCAGCUAUAGGCCUGUCUCAUCAACAAUGUCUAUCCUAGUUUUCCAAUGCAAUUCAAAUCAGUUUGAGGUUAUCCUUGGGGUAAGAGAGGCAUCCGGUAGCACAGUCCCUCCCUCUGCAUCUUCCAAGACUCCCAAAAGGUCAAAUGUUGCUGUGGGGUUUCUAACCCAACUACUGAAAGUAGUGUUUAUUACUAGCAUGCUUUUCCUCCAACGGUGUACUUCCCUGAUAUUCCUUAACACUGUGAUGUGCUAUUGUGGAAAUGGGCUUUUUGCGUAAUACUGACAACGUUACCAUAGACUGGAGUUUGACUUGACAACUUUACUCUACGAUCACACUUUGCUGUUUUUUUUAAUACGUAUCAUAUGCAUGCAACAACCAACGGUAGCUACCUGUAUUCUGACUGUAUCUAUUAGACAAUGAUAUGUCUGUAUAAAUGCAGAGGAAUACACACUAUGAAAUCGGUUCUCCAUCCAGUUGCAGUACAUUACAGGCUGCAGGUUUUGUAUGUAAUGUAAUCUACUUCCCUGGCAAUGUGACUAUCUAUGCUAUUGAAUCAGGAUGGGAGACAUUGGUGCUGACAUUUCUCCUGUGUUCUUCAGUCUAAACUGAGGAUAAACAUUUACCUGUGAAGCCAGUGUCACUAAGGGCAAGAGAAAUCAAUGCAUUAGUGCAGUGGUUUCAUGAAAUGUUUGAUUUAUAGCCAGCACCUGAAUGGGACAUGUUUGUCGUAACCAUUAUACUGUAGAUAUGGAUAUCAUGUUAUAAACUGUAGAUAUUAGUUUGGGAGGUGCAUAUGACUGACCUGUUAAGAUGUGUGUUCCAGAUUAGUGCAGCACUGGGGCCCUACUAGGGGGAUAAGGAAAGGCAAUGUAUUAUAAACAAAAAAUGCAUUAUUAAAAGAGUCCUUACUUGGACAAGACACCUCCCCAUCCUUUGAAUAUGUUGCUUGGCUCUUAGUAAAUUGUGUAUGAUAAGGGAGGAAGUCUCAGAAAAUGUCUGUUAGCCAAUAGAAUCUGAUUGCACAUACUGAUGCUGUGUCUGUCAAACUGUUAGUCAUCACUUCUUGGAAAACGGGGAGAGAAAAAAGGUGUUUGGGCAGACUGCAAACUGUCUGCACUGGUAAGAAAUAUGAACCAUUCAUAUCUAGUCUAAUAUAACUUAUAUUAAACUAACAUUUAAGUGUAAAUAUUUUCUAUUUACAGAAA